AAAAAUCAACCAAAAUCAUAUUAAGAGAGAGAGAGAUGCCCAAUUGCUCCUCAAUGCUCUGAGAUUUAUCGUUCCUCCGAUCGCUCCAAAUAUAACUACCAUCAAAAACUUGCUCAAUUUUGAAUAAUUCCAAUACUUGGAGAACAUAAGCUUAGAAUGGCUUCAAUGGUUGCCAAGGCUUGUAGUAGCAGUACUAGUCAAGUGUUUACCCAAGAAAAAGGAAGUAGGAACAAGAGAAAAUUUCGGGCUGAUCCUCCACUCGGAGAUAUAAAUAGGAACAUCACUGUGCCUCAUAACGUUUGCUCAAGUUAUGAAUUCUCAGCUGAGAAGUUCGGAGUUUCCCAAAAUCACGGGCAUCCCAAUGGGUGUGAUGUGUGUAGCGUUAGUCAAGACCAUUCUGAUGCUUUGAAACUCGAUCUUGGAUUGUCCACUGCGGUUGGGUCAUCAGAGGUGGGCCCAAUUCGAUCUAGAGAGGAAACAGAAGCAGGAGACGAGCCCCAAGAUGCUGAUUGGAGUGAUCUUACAGAAUCCCAGCUCGAAGAGCUUGUUUUGAACAAUUUAGACAUGAUCUUCAAGGGCGCAAUUAAAAAAAUCAUUGAUUGCGGUUACACUGAGGAAGUUGCUACAAAGGCUGUGUUGAGGUCAGGCUUCUGUUAUGGGUGUAAAGACAUUCUAUCCAAUAUGGUGGACAAUACUUUGGCGUUUCUUAGGACCGGUCAAGAGAUUGAUCCAUCAAGGGCCCACUACUUUGAGGAUUUGCAGCAGAUGGAGAAGUAUGUCUUGGCAGAGUUGGUUUGUGUUCUUCGCGAGGUUAGGCCUUUUUUCAGCAUGGGGGAUGCAAUGUGGUGCUUGUUGAUAAGUGACAUGAAUGUCUCCCAUGCUUGUGCAAUGGAUACUGAUCCCUUUGGUAGUUUUGUUGCUGAUGCGGGUCCCAACACUUGUAACUCUGUCCAGCCCCAGUCGAGAUCCGAAGCCAAAACUUGUAAAAUAAGUUCUUCAAUUGAUUGUGCUCAUACAUGUCAAUGUGAGACAGCUGCCAUGGCUUCAAUGCCUUUUGUUCAUAGUUCACAAUCUCUUUUCCCCACUUUCUCAGGUGUUCCUAACCUGGUAAAACCCAAAAGUUCUGUAGUUCCUGAAAAAGAAAGUCCAAUUUCCACAGCUGAUACCGUGGAUAAAUCUUUUGUUGGUGGUGGCACAACACAAUUUCAUGGCCAUGAAGAAAAGUUCGUGGGUAGUAGGAAAAUUUCUGGUAUUACAAAGAGAGAAUACAUUCUUCGACAGAAGUUUCAUAUGGAGAAAGGAUAUCGAACAUAUGGUUCCAAAAGUAGAGCUGGGAAGAUCAGUGGUUUCGGUGGUUUGAUGGUGGAUAAGAAAGUAAAGUCUGUGUCGGUUUCCACAGAAGUUAAGGUUAAAAAUGCCUCCCAGAAGACAAGUAAGAUAGUUGAAGUUGAUGCUACUCAAGACAACGGAAACCAUAAUCCAUCAACCAGUCUCGGGCUUUCUUCCCCUGUGGAAUUCAAAACGGAAACAGUUGAUUCUGUUUCCUUGCCUAAAACCAAUACCUCAUCUACAUUACAUUCAGUCAUCACCCCACCUGCUUUAUCAGCUUCUGAUACCGAGCUUUCACUUUCACUUCCUUCAAAAAGCAAUGCAGAGGCUCCUAAGUCCUUUGGGAAGUGGGUCCCACAGGACAAGAAAGACGAGAUGUUUUUGAAGUUGGUUCCAAGGGUACAGGAGCUGCAAAAUCAGCUCCAAGAGUGGACGGAAUGGGCCAACCAGAAAAUUAAGCAAGCUACAAGUAGGCUGAUCAAAGACAAAGCGGAGCUCAAGACACUAAGGCAAGAGAAGGAAGAGGUGGAACGGAUCAAGAGAGAGAAGCAAACUUUGGAGGAGAGCACAAUGAAGAAGCUUUCUGAGAUGGAAUAUGCAUUGGGUAAAGCAUGCGGACAGGUGGAUAGAGCAAAUUCUGCUGUUCGGAGACUUGAAGUGGAGAAUGCCGCAUUAAGGGUAGAGAUGGAGGCUGCUAAAUGUGGGGCUGCUGAGUCGGCCACAAGAUGCCAGGACGUGUUGAAGACGGAGAAGAAGACACUAACGAACGUUCAGUCAUGGGAGAAGCAAAAGACAUUGUUUCAGGAGGAAAUUGUGGCUGAGAAACGCAAGUUGGCAAUGCUGCAACAGGAACUGGAACAAGCUAAAGAAGUACGCGACCAACUUGAGGCGAGAUGGAAACGGGAAGAAAAGGCGAAGGAAGAACUCCUUACAGAAGCUAGUUCAAUAAGAAAAGAAAGAGAACAAAUUGAAGAUUCGGCCAAAUCAAAAGAAGAGGCAAUCAAAUCGAAAGCAGAAAAAACCCUACAUAAGUACAAAGACGAUAUUGAGAAGCUUGAGAAAGUAGUCUCCGAAUUGAGAUCAAAGACCGACUCCUCCAAAAUAGCCGCUCUAAGAAGAGGCAUUGAUGGAAGUUAUGCUAGCACACUGAAAGACAUUAGGAAUUCCCCAGCUCCCAUUAUCUCCAAAAUAGUUCCAAAAUUCCAGGAAUAUUCUGGAGUGAAGCGCGAACGGGAGUGUGUGAUGUGCCUUUCGGAGGAGAUGUCCGUGGUUUUUCUCCCUUGUGCACAUCAGGUGGUCUGCACCACGUGCAAUGACCUCCAUGAGAAGCAGGGAAUGAAGGACUGCCCUUCCUGUCGGAGCACCAUCCAGCGACGUAUUUGUGUACGUUAUUAUGCUCGCUCUUGAACUUAUUUUUCGAGCCGAGUUGAGUUUGUGAUGAAAGACAAUUUGUGGGUUCCGUUUACAAAAGAGUGAGAAAUUUUAUUUUUAUCUUUGGAAUAUUUAAGAAAAUUAAGCUGCCUUUGAUUUAUAAAAAGGAUUUGUCUUAAACUUUGGUUGUCUAUGGUGGUUCUCCAUCUUGCAUAAAUAAAGACAAUCUUUAUACUGUUUGGUAA